CGCCUUUAAGGCGGCGCAGUUCCACGCCCCCCGCUCGGCGGGGCUGACUUAGUGGCAUCGGCGGAGGCGCAGGAGCCGGUCGAGCGGGGCCCUUUGUGCGCGCCGGUGGCUUCUCGGGCGCGGACCGGCAGCGGCUGCGGAGCCCUCCGUCCGCCCGAUCCCCAGCGGCGCGGGAGCCGGCAGGACCAAGGCGGGGAGGGCGGGGGUGGGUGGGCUAUGCGGGGCUGCUGGGCGGCGGGGGCCUGAGCGCGGCGGCGGCGGCGGCCGGGGGUGGUGGGGCGCGGGAUGGCGGGUCCUUCGUCGGCGUCGGCGUCGGGGCGGGCGUGCCUGGCGGCCCCGUGCAGCCUGAAGGACGAGCUGGUGUGCUCCAUCUGCCUGAGCCUGUACCAGGACCCGGUGAGCUUCGGCUGCGAGCACUACUUCUGCCGGCGCUGCAUCGCCGAGCACUGGAGCCGCCAGGAGGGCGCGGCGGCGGCGCGGGACUGCCCGGAGUGCCGCCGCUGCUUCGCCGAGCCGGCCGUGGCGCCCAGCCUCAAGCUGGCCAACAUCGUCGAGCGCUACGCCGCCUUCCCGCUGGACGCCAUCCUGAGCGCGCGGCGCGGCGCCUUCCCGGCCUGCGCCAAGGAGCACGCCAAGGUCAAGCUCUUCUGCCUCACCGACCGCGCCGUCGUCUGCUUCUUCUGCGACGAGCCCGCCGUGCACGAGCAGCACCAGGUCACCGGCCUCGACGACGCCUUCGACGAGCUCCAGCGGGAGCUGAAGGAGCAGCUGCAGGCCCUGCAGGACAGCGAGCGCAGCCACACCGAGGCCUUGGCCCUCCUGAAGCGCCAGCUGGCCGAGACCAAGUCCUCUGCCAAGGGCCUGCGAGCCACGAUCGGGGAGGCCUUUGAGCGGCUGCACCGGCUGCUGCGGGAGCGCCAGAAGGCCAUGCUGGAGGAGCUGGAGGCCGACACGGCCAGGACCCUGACGGACAUCGAGCAGAAGAUCCAGCGCUUCAGCCAGCAGCUGCGCAAAGUGCAGGAGGGCACCCAGAUCCUGCAGGAGAGGCUGGCGGAGGCGGACAAGCACGCCUUCCUGGCGGGCAUCGGCUCCCUUUCUGAGAGGCUGAAGGGCAAGAUCCACGAAACAAACCUCACCUACGAAGAUUUCCCCACCUCCAAGUACAUGGGACCCCUCCAGUACACCAUCUGGAAGUCCCUGUUCCAGGAUAUCCACCCAGUGCCCGCUGCGCUCACCUUGGACCCGGCAACCGCUCACCAGCGCCUCAUCCUGUCUGACGACUGCACCAUCGUGGCCUACGGCAACCUGCACCCUCAGCCUCUGCAGGACUCUCCCAGGCGCUUCGACGUGGAGGUGUCGGUGCUGGGCUCGGAGGCCUUUGGCAGCGGCGUGCACUACUGGGAGGUGGUGGUCUCCGAGAAGACCCAGUGGAUGAUCGGCCUGGCCCACGAGGCCGUCACCCGCAAGGGCAGCAUCCAGAUCCAGCCCAGCCGCGGCUUCUACUGCAUCGUCAUGCAUGACGGCAACCAGUACAGCGCCUGCACGGAGCCCUGGACUCGGCUGAACGUCAAGAGCAAGCUGGAGAAGGUGGGGGUCUUCCUGGACUUUGACAAGGGGCUGCUGAUCUUCUACAAUGCAGACGACAUGUCGUGGCUCUACACCUUCCGGGAGAGGUUUCCGGGGAAGCUCUGCUCCUACUUCAGUCCUGGGCAGAGCCACGCGAACGGCAAGAACGUGCAGCCGCUCCGGAUCAACACUGUCCGCACCUGAGGGCUCCUGGACUCCUGGAGGGGGGAGUGCGGGGCUUGAGUGAGCAAGACGGCUGUUAGGGUGUUGUGGGAUUUCCGGGUUGUAUGGCUGUGUUCCAGUAGCAUUUCCUCCUGAUGUUUUGCUUGCAUCUGUGGCUGGCGUCUGCAGGUGAAACGUCAGGAGAAAAUGCUACUGGAACACGGCCAUGCAACCUGGAAAUCCCACACCACCCUAGUGAUUCCAGCUGUGAAAGCCUUUGAUUAUAAAAUGAUUGUUGGUUGUGACUGUGGAGGGGGGCGGGAGGGCUGGAUGGAGAGGGCUCCUUAUGAGAAGUCAGGGCAGGGGGGCUUUAUCAGUAUGUGGGGGGGGGACAGUUAAGGGGGGUGGGGAGGCUGCUGACAGGAUCUCUGCCUGGACCAGUGAGGAAGUGCUUUGCUAGGGGACAGAGGAACAGGUUGGCUCUCUUGCCAGGGGCAGCCAGGGCUGCAUAUCUGCGUGUACCGAACGUCCACCCACCUCUCUGCUGGCACACCUGGGAAAGGUGUCCUUAUGCAUUUAUACAGACUUAGUUCUUCUUACUUGCUCUUACGGAGACUGUGUGCAAAACGAACACUGUCAGUCUUUUGUCACUGGGGCACACUGGUCAACUCCCAAUUUAAAAGGUGUGUUUUUUUAAAAAAAGCAAAUACUUAUUGUGGGUGGGGUGAGGGGAAACAAUAAAAGAAACUGACAUUUUGGAACCCAA